UGGAAUCAAUUUGAGGUUUGUCUGUCAUUAGAAGAAAAUAUGAUACAUUAAACGUUCGAUUGUUUAUACGCCUUUCGUGAUUCGAGAAUAUUUUCUUGGUAAAUUGGUGUUCAAAUAUCGCCAGAAAGACGGACUCCAACGAGGCUGCAUCCGAGGAAAUCGGAUCGAUACCACAGCCCCAGAUCCGUUACGAAUAUCAGCGGAUCGCAAAGAUGAAUCCGAUGCCAAACCAUCACACCGACUUCAUGGAACUAGGGACAAUCCAUCAGCAUCAGUCGGGCUGCAAACAGCACUGCUUCGUGUUUACCGAGAUCGCGGACAUCGACCUGCCCCCAGAGAUUACUAAAUAUCCCGAAAAGAUCAAGAACGGUAGUAUCCAUUCAUACAAGAAGGAAAAUAUAUCACCCCCACCUCCGAAGCUUCCAACCAAUAGGCGAUCCCGUAAAAUCAUCGCUAUUGUUUCGGCUCUGCUAGUUUGUAUUGGUCUGGCAGCUGGAAUACCCUUGGCUUUACAACUAAGAUCGUCCUCCUUAUUGGAGGCUCGGUUAGCAUUCAUACGCCGUUUACUUGCCGAAUCUCCCCUUGUGGAAGGUUACUGGGCGCCUCAAUUGGGCGUCAAUUUCAGCAAAAGUUAUGCCGAGGUGAGGAACAGCAUGGUUGGCGCACUGUUGUGGCCAAUAUCCGUACCAUGCGCUGCUCAGUACCUGGACGCAGUGCAGCUAACUCUUGAAGGAAUCGAUGAUGCUCGACGGAUGGUGAAGAAGAAUUCGGAUAUGAUGAUCGUUGAAAACGCUGACGAGAUGGAGCAAGCCCAUAACGAUGGAAAGCUGGCAGUCCUGUUCGGGCUAGAGGGGGGUCAUAUGCUAGGUUCUAGUUUAGCCGUGCUACGAUCGAUGUAUUCCCUUGGCACACGGUUCGUUUCGCUGACCGGAAUCGGCUGUACCACUCCAUGGGCAAGUGCUUCCAUUAGGACGGACUUCUUCGACGAAAAUCUACCGACAACGUUGACUAAUUUCGGCGAGGUCGUUAUCCACGAGAUGAAUCGCCUGGGCAUGCUGGUGGAAAUCUCUCGUCUUUCGGAACCGGCCAUGAUGGUGGCUCUGAAUGUAGCAAAGGCUCCCUUGCUGCUUUCUAAUGCACUGCCAACAUCAAUGGCUUGCAACGGUUCUACAGCCGCUGUACCAGACCAUAUCUUAAGUGCGGUUUCUCAAAACGGCGGUGUGUUGAUGCUCAACGUGGAACGUUGCGGAGAGAAGGCGAUGCCGCUGAAGGAUGCAAUCACUGCAAUCAACUAUGUGCGAGCCAUUGCCGGAGUGGACCACGUCGGGUUGAGUGGAUCACCCAAAAACUACCCGCUAUUGCUUGCCGAGUUGGCUCGUGAUCGACUGUGGGGUUCGGUGGCGAUUAAGAAACUCGUUGGCGGUAACAUUGUACGCGUUUUGCGCGAGGUGGAAGUCAGCAAAAAUCGGCUGCCUCUGUCCGAGGAUUGGAUCCCAUUAGAGGCCAUCGAAGGGAACGCUUAUUGCCGUUAUCCAGAGACGUAAACUAAAUAAUCGCAACACCUAAAAUUUGUUAGUUGCAGAUCUACUAUUAUCAAAUUUACAAUCAAAGAGCAUUAAAACUUCUUCAGCUCCAGCACACAUUUAUCACUGAUUGUAGUCAGGGCAUUUAAGUUAAUUUUAUAAUCAAAAUUUUGAACUUCGUCGACCAUGAAAAAAAAAAUGGUAAAAUAGAUAAUUUCUUAAUGUUUGAAUGCCCAAGAUUCGAGGUACUUCUAUCGAUGCAUUUAUUAUAAAUAAUUUUCUGUGAGAUUACUCUAAUAUCAGAUAAAGUUUAUUUAAUGGAUGUACCUACUAUUAAUGUGCUAAAAACGAGUAAUUAAAUGUGUCAUAUCAUCAUUCAAAUAAUUAGGAUGAGAUUAUAGUGGACUUGUUCCAACUGAAAUCUAGCUCUAUUACCUUCCAGAAAACAUUUAAUAAACAAUACUGACACUUUGAAAAGCAAAUACAGCAAAAUUGUCAAUAGAUUUGGCUUUGUAGACAUUCAAACAUCAACAAAUCAAACAUUUUCUUAAAGUUUCUUAGGUAUUACAUACAAUAACCAUGCAUUAAAAAGUGAUAAGGACUUGGAAAUGAUCAUUGUUUGAUCUUGUGAAUGAAACUUUAUAAACAUAUUUUAAGUGUAAUCGGGUGGUUUAUCUAUUGGUUAAAAAUGAUUAAUUUUCGAUCAGCUUACUCACAAAUUUCUUUUUUUUUUUUGUUACAACUAACGAACUUCCCUUUAAUUAUCAUUGUUCUACAACGCACAUAUAAUGUUCUCCAACAUACUUGAGGAUUUCUACGAGUUUUUUUUUCUAUUAUCCCAUCCACCACCUUUCUUCAGAAAGUUUCUUGUCCGAUAAGAAUAAUAUAAAUACUAACUACCUAUGUUUCAAUUCUGCAGGAAUAAUUGUUUUUACUAAGAAAUGUUUCAAAGCAGAGGAAAGAUUGUUUUUCAUUUGCAAAAAUAUAUUCGGUAGUUGAAAU